GUGGCCUCUCCCAGGCGUGAGCAACUCCCUUGGUUGCUGAUGAGCAGCUACUAUGGGAUCCUGGCAUGGGGACGUGCCUUCGGGCGGCCGCUGUUCACUGGAGACCAUCGACCUGCUACCCUUCAUCGCCUCGAGUAGUCUUUCCUGGCAGCAUGCAUCGACGUCGACAGCUCGGAAGCAGCAGCUGUGCCUCCACGAGGGUCCGUCAAGGUACGCCCGAGAGAUCUACUGCAAAGAAGAUGUAUCCCGUGCGCAGGUACUCCAAGAACGUGUGCCGGCGGCUUGCGUUCAACGGCCAAUUCAUCGACGAAGCCAACGCAGGCACCGCGCGCCACGGCUUGAGCUUCGAGCUCGUCGAUGAAGAGCAUGUGCGUGUCCAAAUUCAGCACGACAGGACACAGAGGGCCCUUCAAAAUCAGGGUACCGCCGGAGUCCAACAGCAAGAACUGAACCAGAACACAAACGACCAGAGCGGUACCGUCACGGUGCACCUUCGGAACGUUGAUGUGCGGGUCGGCCUACCGCAGCUGCGGGAAAUGUUCGUUUCCGGGGCCACCGCCAUCAGUGGUCUUCUGGGGCGUGUGCUGGCGUGGAUUGCAGACCUUCUGCAUAGCAUCCACCACUGACAGCACACAGCCGCGGAAGAAGCCGGCCGUCACUUGCUGGUGCCUUUUAGCACUGUAGCAGUGUGACAGGUUCGUUUAAUAA